AUGUCGAACCUGUACGAUGUUCUGGGUGUCCACCACGAGGCGGAGGAUGACGCCAUCGCAAAGGCGUACCGCCGCCAAUCCAUGGCGUACAACCCGCAGUGUAACCCCAACCACCCUGACCCAAAGGCGCUCGAGAAGCAGUUUAAGCACGUCUCCCAGGCGUACGUGGUGCUGUCCCACCCCAAGGCACGCGGCAUCUACGACAUGUACGGUGAGGAGGGUGUGAGACACGGUGGGACAGGCCAGCAAGGAAUUCCCGGAGGCAUAGACCUGGAUGCUAUUGACCCCUAUGAAGUGUUUCGCCGCUUUUUUGGCGUGGAUAACCCGUUUCAGGUAAUUGGUGAUAUCAGUGGGCUGCGCAACAACCAGCACAAUUUCUUUAGCUCCACUGCUGUCAUCCCAAAGACCCUGGCAAAGGUUCCGCCCAUUGAGGUCUCCCUGCCCGUGACGCUAGAGGACGUGUUCUACGGUGCGAUGUGCCGCGCCGCCUGGCAGUCGCACCACUUUCAUCAGGGACAAGACACAGUGACGGAGGAAUGCUUUGACCUUCGUGUGCCGAAGGGCGCCCACGCCGGUGACAAGUUUGUCGUGGACGGAAAGGGCAACUGGAGUGAGGGGUUUGCGAGGGGAGACGUGGUGGUGGUGCUGGAGCUGCUGCCCCAUGACCGCUUUCGCCGUGAGGGGGACGACCUUGUCGUCGUGAUCCCCAUCACGCUUAGCGAGGCGCUCUGCGGUGUCACGCUGAAUGCCAAGACAAUGGAGGGGGUCGACAUCACCGUCCUCAUUGAUGAGAUUGUGCACCCCAAGUACCGCCGCCGCGUUGCGGGUCAGGGCCUACCGCGCAAUGAGGACCCUUCCAACCCGCGUGGAGACCUCAUCGUGGAGUGCGACACAAAGUUCCCUGGUUUCUUGACGCUAGAGCAGAGGUCGGAGCUGCGCCGCAUCCUUGAGGCGAAGUGA